AUAUUUAUAAAACCGCCCAGAGAUCCAAAAAAUUUGCAAAUAAAUUGGAGAUUAUAGUGGUCACAAUCUGAAUACUAAAGAAGACGCAGCCAACAAAGACUUCCACACUGUUAAGUAGGACGUGCCUUUAUGAUGGUAAGCAUUAACAGCUCCCACUGCUCCUAUGAUGACUCCUUUAAGUACACUUUGUAUGGGUGCAUGUUCAGCAUGGUGUUUGUGCUUGGGUUAAUAGCCAAUUGUGUUGCCAUAUACAUUUUCAUCUGCACCCUCAAAGUGCGAAAUGAAACUACAACGUACAUGAUUAACUUGGCAAUGUCAGACUUGCUUUUCGUUUUUACUUUACCCUUCAGGAUUUUUUACUUUGCAACACGGAAUUGGCCAUUUGGAGAUUUACUCUGUAAGAUUUCUGUGAUGCUGUUUUAUACCAACAUGUAUGGAAGCAUUCUGUUCUUAACCUGUAUUAGUGUAGAUCGGUUUUUGGCAAUCGUUUACCCAUUUAAGUCAAAGACUCUAAGAACCAAACGAAAUGCAAAGAUUGUUUGCAUUGCCGUGUGGUUAACUGUGAUCGGAGGAAGUGCACCAGCAGUUUUUUUUCCAUCUACCCACUCUCAGGGUAACAGUACAGAAGCCUGCUUUGAAAAUUUUCCAGAAGCCACAUGGAAAACUUAUCUCUCAAGGAUCGUAAUUUUCAUCGAAAUAGUGGGAUUUUUUAUUCCUCUAAUUUUAAAUGUAACUUGUUCUAGUAUGGUGCUAAGAACUUUAAAUAAACCUGUUACAUUAAGUAGAAGCAAAAUAAACAAAACUAAGGUUUUAAAAAUGAUUUUUGUACAUUUGGUCAUAUUCUGUUUCUGUUUUGUUCCUUACAAUAUCAAUCUUAUUUUAUAUUCUCUUAUGAGAACACAAACAUUUGUUAAUUGCUCAGUAGUAACAGCAGUGAGGACAAUGUACCCAAUCACUCUCUGCAUUGCUGUUUUAAACUGUUGUUUUGACCCUAUAGUUUACUACUUUACUUCGGACACAAUUCAGAAUUCGAUAAAAAUAAAAAACUGGUCUGUUAGGAGAAGUGACUCCAGAUUCUCUGAAGUUCAAGGAACAGAGAAUUUUAUUCAACACAACCUACAGACCUUAAAAAAUAAGAUAUUUGACAAUGAAUCUACAAUAUAAGUUCCUUGAAAUAAAACCACUGGGACUUCACUGGGACAGAACCUCCAAGUUCCUUCAACUGUGAAAAUUGUUUCUUGGACAAACUAUUUCUCCACCUCUGAAAGAAAAUUAAC